UCCGCCCCGCCCCUCCCCGGGUCAGCGGGGGAGCCUCUGUCUGCAGCCGGCGCUCGGCCUCGGCUCAGUCCUGACCCUGCGGCGAACGCGAUGGCGGGGGCUGUAUUGAGGGUCACCCAGCGGCAGCUGAGCCAGCGCGGCAGGUCUGAAGCCCCCAUCCUUCUGCGGCAGAUGUUCGAGCCGGUGAGUUGCACCUACACGUACCUGCUGGGUGACAGAGAGUCCCGGGAGGCCGUUCUGAUCGACCCGGUCCUGGAGACAGCGCCUCGGGAUGCCCAGCUGAUCAAGGAACUGGGGCUGCGCCUGCUGUAUGCUGUGAAUACCCACUGCCACGCAGACCACGUUACAGGCUCGGGGCUGCUCCGUUCCCUCCUCCCUGGCUGCCAGUCUGUCAUCUCCCGCCUUAGUGGAGCCCAGGCUGACUUGCACAUUGAGGAUGGAGACUCCAUCCGCUUCGGGCGCUUCGCCUUGGAGACCAGGGCCAGCCCUGGCCACACCCCAGGCUGUGUCACCUUCGUCCUGAAUGACCAAAGCAUGGCCUUCACUGGAGAUGCCCUGUUGAUCCGUGGGUGUGGACGGACAGACUUCCAGCAAGGCUGUGCCAAGACCUUGUACCACUCGGUCCAUGAAAAGAUCUUCACACUUCCAGGCGACUGUCUGGUCUACCCUGCUCAUGAUUACCAUGGGUUCACAGUGUCCACUGUGGAGGAGGAGAGGACUCUGAACCCUCGGCUCACCCUCAGCUGUGAGGAGUUUGUCAAACUGAUGGACAACCUGAACUUGCCUAAACCUCAGCAGAUAGACUUUGCUGUUCCUGCCAACAUGCGCUGUGGGGUGCAGACACCCACUUCCUGAUCUCACCUCUGUCAGAUGCUCCUACCCAGUAUGAAUGCACUUGAGGGGAGAAGGGGGUGGCGUUGACACCGCACCUCUCCUUUCCCACCCCACCCUCGAACCCCAACCUCUGGAGCUUUCUAAAUAAAACUUUUUUUUUUUUGCCAUGA